UAUAUAAUAUUUUCGUAAAAAAAGAAAACAUCGCUUUUAGCUUCUCAACAGCAAUUUCUAAACCUAAAAUAUUCUCUUGUUUUCCCUAUUUGUUGGGUGAACGCCGACGAGCUCCUCCAUUUGUGCCUCUUCUCCGACCAAAAACCCAAGGGUAAACCACCCACUACAGAACGUUUUUAACUUAGGUCAACCUCUUCCUCUUUUCUUCUUCAUCAUAUUCAUUUGCUGCAGGUAUUUGUUAGGCCCAAAAAGGACUGAAAAGGAGAAUCCAAAAUUCAAAUUGACUACCAGGCCCUAAAACACACUGCUUUCUUCCUCUGCGAAGUGCUCCUCCUCUUUCUUACUGGCGCUAUCGAACUAACAUUCCCUGGCAGGUCAGCGGAUAAAUUGCUAAGGGGAACUGGUUAAUUUCUUUGGAAUGAGGACACAUGGUGUACACUGUCUAACGGAAGGGUAUAUAUGUAUCAUUUUCAAUAGUUCAGGGGUAGGAAUGACUCUCUCACUAGAGGACUUCCUCAUUCGUGCCCGAGUAUUAAAGCUGUACCGACAUGCUCUGAGAAUCUCAAGGAGAGCACCUUCUCAUGCUAGAGCUGAUUUGAGGCAGAUUAUAAGACGAGAGAUGGAGAAUAACAGGAAUUGCAAUGACAAGCAGAGAAUCCGGUUCUUGAUUAGUGAUGGAUUGGAAAGAGUGAAACGUUUGGAUGAGACGCUUGAUAUGCAAGGCCAUUGAUAUAACCAUAAUGUGUAUAUGGUAUAGCUUACAUCUUGCAGCACUACCAGUGUAAUCUUCUGUCAGAUUAAUCAGAGAUGUGCUGCAAACAUAGGCAGUUCGUGCGCUUUAGUUAUCUCUGCAUGGGUAUAUGCCAUGUUGUCGCCUGUUGGUGCUUAUUUUUGUCCAACUUACCUCCAGUUAUGCAAUGAUUAUGACUGAUCCUUUUUGAAACA